UUAGCAUUUGGAGAUCAGCCGAGGUGAGUUAAGAGCUGCGUUGUGAGCCGUGGGCUCUGUCAGACCAAUCUCCAGAAUGUCAACAGUAAUAGCAAUAGCACUUAGACUUAUAUACCACUUCACAGCCCUCUCUCAGCGAUUUACAGAGUCAGCCUCUUGCCCCCAACAAUCUGGAUCCUCAUGACCUCGGAAGGAUGGAAACCUGAGUCAGUCUUGAGCCGGUCAGGAUCGAGCUGCUGGCAGUUGGCAGAGUUAACCUGCAAUACUGCAGUCUCACCACUGCGCCACCAUGGCUCUUCUACCAACUGUGGUCAACCAACCCCGUCAAUCAAAAACGAUUCCUGUUGGUGACGGAAGGAUGUUGCAGAGAUGUGGGUGGGAUCCUUCAGAGCACACAUGGAUGUGCUGAGCAACCGGGCAGGUUAAGAGAAGCUGGGAGGGAUGCGUAGUCUGCAGGGUUAAAAGUUCACCUGUCCUUUAUGAGUUGAGGAUGCUCCUCUCCAAACACAUGUCGUAGGAUCACCGUGAACCAGUGAUGUGGUAAAAUGCAACACACUUUCUAAAGAAAUAGGACCUACAUAACAGAAUAACAGAGUUGGGAGGGACCCUGGAUAUCUUCUAGUCCAGCCCCCUGUUCAAGCAGGAGACUAUAUCAUUCUGCACUAUUGGCUAUCCAAUCUCUUCUUGAAGACCUCCAAUGAUGGAGAACGCACAAUUUCUGGAGGCAAAUUGUUCCAUUAUUUAGUUGUUCUCACUGUCAGGAAAUUCCUCCUUAGUUCUAAGUUGCUUCUUGCCUUGAUUAGUUUCCAUCCGUUGAUUCUUGUCCUGCCUUCAGGGGCUUUGGAGAAGAGGGGGACCCCUUCCUCUUCUUUGGGGCAGCCCUUGAAUAUUGGAAGACGGCCAUUAUGUCACCCCUCUAGUCCUGAUACAGAAUAACAGCAUUGGAAGGGACCUUGGAGCUCAAGCAGGAGGUCCUAUACCAUUUCAGACAAAAGGCUGUCCAUUCUUUUCUUUAAAAACCUCCAGUGUUGGAGCACUCGCAACUUCUGGAGGCAGGCUGUUCCACUGGUUAAUUGUUCUCACUGUCAGAAACAUUCUCCUUAGGUCCAGGUUGCUUCUCUCCUUGAGUAGUUUCCACCCAUUGCUCCUUGUCCUGCCUUCAGGUGCUUUGGAGAAUAGGUUGACUCCCUCUUCUCUGUUGCAGCCCCUCCAAUAGUGGAAGAUAGCUAUCAGAUCCCCCCCCUAGUCCUUCUUUUCACUAGACUAGCCAUGGCUCAGUUCCUGCAACUGUUCAUCAUAUGUUUUGGCCUCCAGCUCCCUAAUCAUCUUUUUUGCUCUUCUCUGCACUCUCAAUGAGUGUUGGGAUCUCAAUGAUCUCAACAUCUCCAUGAGAUGUUGAGACUAGAGUCUCAACAUCUUUGUCUGUCUGUCCAUCUCUGUCUGUCUGUCCAUCCAUCCAUCCAUCCAUCCAUCCAUCCAUCCAUCCAUCAUCUCAUGGUGGACCAAAGUUGCUUGCAAGGCCCAGUCUGUGUCCUCCUCCUCCCAUCCCAUCCCAUGAUGUCACAAUCUCACCUUCCCUUCACCUUGCAGGUGUGCUGGGGAUUGUGAAUGCUUUGCUGAGGGCCCCCAGCAGCCAAUCAGCAACCGGCCCAACUCCCAUUGCUGCUGGAUGUCCCCAGUUAGGAUUAUCAAGAAGACCAAGCAGGUGGAAAAAGCAGGGGAGAGCAAUGAAAAUAUCCAAUAAGAACUUGCUCAAGAUUCAGCAACAUAGGAGAAGAAGACAGUAAACAUAAGUGAACAAUAGCGUUGGACUUUUAACAGAAAUCACAAGUAGCAGUCAUGGCCCCCAAAAAGCCCCCUCCGCCCCCUCCGCCUCCGCCUCCCCCAGACGAAGUGAUCCAUGUGCCUAAAUUUAAAGCGAUCCCUCCGGAGAUCAAAUGGCGACUGAUUCGGCUCUUUGGAGUCUUCUGUUUCAUCGUCUUCAUCGCAUCGACGGUUCACUAUAUUAAGCUGAUUCAGGCGCCCCCCAGUCCUUACAUACCACCCAUGGAGUCCUUGAGGAGGACCCUGGCCAAUGCCUUAAGAAAACCGUCCAUCAGUGCUAUAAGUGAUCUGGCGACUGCCGAAGAGAUUAUUCAGCUGCCAAACUACCAGGAACAAUCGGAAUUGGCUUACCAAGACAAAAAGAACAAGUACCAAUCCAUCUAUAAGAAAGGCACGGUGAAGGCCUCCACCCACUGGACGCUUUUCGGGAAGAACCUCUACUACAUCUCGAUCGGUAGGAAGACCUGGUACGACGCUCAGAACUUCUGCCUCUCCAGAGAUUCCAACAUGGUCUCCAUCUUAAAUGACGAAGAGCAGAAGUUCAUCUCUUCGCAGUUCAACGAGUCUGUCUGGAUUGGUCUGAGUGAUGAAAAUGACGAAGGCAGCUGGCAAUGGUCGGAUGGAUCCAGAUUAACAAUACAGUUCUGGGAUGUUGGCAGUCCUACUAUCCUGAAGAAGAAUGGAGAAGUGGACCGAGAUUGUGCUUUCAUUAACCCUUCUGCCGGUCUAUUUAGCUGGAAGGAUGACAAUUGCCAUGCACUUAAACAGUGGGCUUGUAAGGAGAUCAUAGUGAUGGAAGAUAUAGAAUAUUUAAGCCAACCCUAAUACUUGAAGCCACCUUAGAUGUGAACACAGUUUUGUUUUUCUCCAUCUGAAACAGUAAAAUAAUGAAAAUAC